UGAUGUUGUUUAACGUGAUGCGGCUUCAGGGUUAUUUAAUCAAGUAUGUUAGUCAGUUAGUAGUUGCAAAGAAGUAUUCAAGUGGCUUGUAUUUUUUGAGUACCUGACAUUAAAACCCAAUAAUUUAUAGUUAUAAGUAUCAAACAGACUUCACGACAUGAAUAAUCCUGAAAUGCCGUAUUUCCCACAAGCAAACUACUCUAGAAAUUCAAUACCAAAUGCCAACUGGAAUGAUUUUUCGCAUGAAAGCCCACUCAAGCAACAGCAUUUGUUAAACAACAAUGAGGGCACCCCAGAAGCUAAUCGGGGAUUAACACAAUCAACAACAGAUCUUUAUCAAUAUCCGGUUUAUCCUAAUACUCUCAAUUGUAUGGAAGGACGUAAUUCAAAUCAAUCCUUUCAGAAUUCUACACCAUCAUCUGGGUUAUUCACUAUUCCUUCAGGAACUCAAAAUCAGCAACUAAAUUGUUCGGUUCCACAGCUUGUAUCAGCAACUCCACCUGAUUAUGGUAUAAAUGGUCUGCCUGUUACUACCAAUAAUACUAAUUCAGCGUACAUACCCACCACCAGGCCUACAUCAGGUUUUCUUCAUCCGCCUCGGCCGUAUGAAACAAAUCCACAUUUGCAGUCUUUUCCAACCACAAAUACUAUUUCCAAUUCAUCCUUUCAUGCAAGUUCUUACUCGGAUUUUAAUGCACCUAAUCAAUACAAUCCGUCGGUUUAUAGUCCCCUACAUUCACCUAUUAUGGAAAAUAAUCAGGUCUAUGCUUCACAAGGUGGUUCUACUUCAGUGUGUGACUACACUGGUUAUUCUCAGCCUCCGAACUUCGAGUGUCGUUCAUCUGUCCCGUUAAAUUCAGGUGGUCACCCCACAUCAGAGUUUACCAACAUGCAGGCAGUUUCUCAAGUUUAUGGUGAGCAACAACAGCAUUCAUCUCUUAAUCCUCAAUUCGAUAAACCUAGUCCCGUGUUGCCCACAAAUCCAAGAACACUUACUCCUGGACAGAAUGUACUACCUUCCACAACAGCUUAUAAUAUGGACCCAUCUGUUAAAUCGCCUAGUCUCUACCCACCCCAUGUCAAGAAUGAGGCGCAUGCGAUUUCGAAUUCUGUCGGAUCGUAUGGAAUGACUCCACCAUUACCUCCAGUUCCCAUGAUGACCAAUAAUACAACACAUCAAAAUCACCCGCAACCACCUCUUCCAAGACCUGGAAAUACGCUACAGUCUGCCACACCUCGACAUACAGCUUAUGAACAAUCCGGUGUUUUUCGAAUACCAGGAACUGCAGCGUCUGUAUCUGACUGGAACAGUUUAAAAACACCAAUCAACCUUCUUCAAGAACGUUGUUUGUUACCAUCAGACGGACCUGAUCUACCACCCAAACCUGCAUUGACUACUCCAAUUAAUUGUGAUCAAGACGUGAUGCGAUGUACGUUAACAAAUGUUCCAUCAACUUCAAAACUUUUGACUCAGUGUCGUUUACCUCUUGGUCUUGUUAUGCAUCCGUUUCGAGAUAUGAGUAGUCUACACACUAUUAGUUCAACUACCAUAGUACGUUGUAGAUCUUGUCGUACUUAUAUCAACCCGUUCGUACAGUUUAUGGAUUCCGGUCGACGCUGGAGGUGUAGUGUUUGCUUUCUGGCUAAUACUAUCCCAGAUGAAUUUUACUAUGACCCUGGAACUCAAACUUAUGGUGACCCUUCUAGAAGACCUGAAAUUCGUUCUGCUACUGUAGAAUUUAUUGCGCCUUCAGAAUAUACAGUUCGUCCUCCUCAACCGGCUACUUACCUUUUCUGUUUUGACGUCAGUCACAACGCGGUUGCUACUGGUUAUUUACAGCUUGCUUGUAAACGUUUAGAAGCGUUGAUUGAUCGGAUCCCAGGUGACUGCAGACGUCAAAUAGCCUUUAUGACCUUUAAUUCUAGUGUUCACUAUUACAAACUUUGCGGGGAAACUAUGAGAAUGUUAAUUUGUCCUGAUUUAGAGGAAAUAUUUCUACCUGAUGAUGAAGGUUUGAUUAAUAGAAUUGAAGAUUCGGCUGAUUCACUACGCGAUUUUCUUCUGCAUUUACCUGAAAAUUUUAUUGGUACAAAUGAUACAGGAAAUUGUCUCGGAUCUGCUUUACAGGCUGCUCUGAAGCUGAUUGGUGCAGUAGGUGGUCGGAUAACCGUAUUCACUACUUGUCUACCAACAGUUGGUUCAGGUGCUCUCAGUUUGCGAGAAGAACCAUGUGAUCGGAGUUCAGUCGACGUGAAGCAUUUGGGCCCAUCAACUGACUUCUAUAAAACAUAUGCUUUGGAUUGUUCACAUAAACAGGUAGGAGUUGAUAUGUUUAUUUUCAAUUCUCAAUAUUGUGACAUUGCCACAAUAUCUGGAGCUAGUCGAUAUUCAAGUGGAACAGUUCAUCAUUAUCCAGACUUUUAUUAUACACCAGAUGAGGAUGAACAUAUAUUACACACUGAUGGUAAAACUCUUAAUGUUACGUCAGAUGAUUUUAAUAAACAACAAAAAAAUGUAUGUGUUGGAGUGGAACAAUUUCGUCGAGAUUUCGACCGGUAUUUAACCAGAAAACUUGGCUUUGAAGCUGUUAUGCGUAUUCGAUGUACUCAAGGUUUAGCUAUUCAGACUUUCCAUGGUUCGUGUUUUGUACGUUCUACGGACUUGAUUGCUUUACCAAAUGUGAGCCCUGAUUCUGGUUAUGCUGUCCAGUUAGAUUUAUCUGAAAGCUUAGAAAAAUGUGCUACAGUCUGUUGCCAAGCUGCUGUAUUAUAUACGUCAUCGAAAGGUGAUCGUCGCAUUCGUGUACAUACUUUGUGCUUACCAGUUGUACACACAGCAACUGAAGUAUUUCAAGGAGCAGAUCAAGGUGCAAUAGCUUGUCUUCUAAGUAAAAUGGCUGUUGAUCGAACGAUAUCUUCUGGUCUUUCAAACGCUAGAGAAGCUUUAGCGAAUGCUGUAGCAGAUGCUUUAUCAGCAUAUGCUACCACUUCUGGUAUUACACUUAAUAGUAACUCAACAGCUUACGGUCUACCUUGUCCACCGAAUCUACGACUACUUCCUUUGUAUAUUUGUGGUAUGCUUCGUUUUAAAGCUUUCAGAGUUGGAGUAACAACACGUUUAGAUGAUAGAUCAGCUGCUCUAGAGCGAAUUAAAACUGCUCCUCCUACUGAUUUAUUAACUUUAAUAUAUCCAAAGUUAUAUGCUGUACAUCGUUUCGUUUCAAAACCUUUGUCUUCUCAUACAACCCUUGCACAAAAAGCUGCUAGUCUUCGUUUAGUUGAUCAUGAUGACGACCAACGUCCUUCUGAUUGUGAUGGAACAUCUUCUUCAAAUGGAAGUGAAAGUAAUUCAGAAGCUGAUCAAUUACCAUGUCAAUUACACUUGUCCGCUCAAUAUAUUACACGAUCUGGUGUAUUUUUAUUGGAUACUGGCGAACUUUUAUUACUAUUAGUUGGCUGUGGUGAAGAUGUUUCUCCAGGAUCAAACAAUGAUUCUGACAUUUUACGUCAACUUCUUGGUAUUUCAUCACCACGUCAACUUCCUGCACAAGGUGGUCCUUUCAUAUUACCACCCAUUAAUUUAUCUAAUGAAAAACAAAAUACAAUUACUAAUGAUAAUACUUCUAUUCCAAUUGGUCGUCGUAGGUUAUCUGCUCUAAUAAACCUGAUUCGAAGACGUCGACCAAUUAAUAAUGCUUUAGUUCUCAUGCGUCAUGAUUCAUCGUCAAAUCUUAGAUCACUUUUCUUAUCUUGUAUGGUUGAAGAUAAAACAGAAUCAGCUCCAUCGUAUCAGGAAUUCCUUCAAAUGAUUCAGAAUUUAGUCAGAACAUAAUUUUUGAAGUGUGUUUAUGUUAUUAUACUUUCUUUUCUUGUGAUAAUAUACCUUCAAGGUUUGAUGAUGAUUAUGUAAAAAGGGAACGAAGUUGUUCAUCUCUUUUUUUUGGUGCCUUUAUAGUUCAAACAGUAGUGAUAAAUUAAUCGGCUUAUGCCUGAAUAUAGUGUAUUUUCUUCUUUUCAGUGUAUCCUUUUUUUAAAGAAAAAAGAGAACAAAUUUUGUAAUCAGAUUGAUCAAUUUUAAAAAUGAUAUUAAUAUCACUAUGAUCCAUCAUUAACAAUUUGAUUGUUUCACAUUUAUUUUUCCCCCUUUUCUCUCUCUCUCUCUCGUUUGUUCUGUGCUUUUUGUUAUUUUAUUUCAAAAAUGUGAAUAAUUAUUAAUAGUUCGAACCAAUUAAUUAUACUAACAGAACGAGAGCAUUAUCUUUAGGAGUAAUUUAUAAUCAAUGAAUUAUUUAUCUGUCUAACUAAUCGAUCAAUUAUUACUAUCCAAAGUUUUCUUUACUAAUAAUAUUUUUUCUAAAAAAAAAUUGGUUGUUUUUUUUCUUCUUUACUACCAGCAUACUUCAUGAAGUUGAAGUGGAUUUUUUGUUUUAACUUCCUAUAGUGUUAUGAUUUAACAUCUUUAUUUUAAUUGUUUCUCUUUGAACUCUAUAAAGAUCCACUUAUUGUAUUAUGGUGUAAUAAUUUAAUACAUGUGUUUUGUGCUAAUGAUUUGAUUCAGUUCUGUUAAACUGUGAAAGCGCACAUAUAUAACUAUUCGUUAUAUACAUGUAUUUAUUCAUGUUGUUUGUUCAUUUCUCCUGUGUAUUAUGCUGAGUGAAUACUUAAAUUUUAAGGAUAAUUUUGUUGAUUGUCAUAGAAUACAAUUAGUUCGUAGAUGAAAACCGGGAAGUUUCUACCAAAAGUCAUUGGUUGUUGUUACGUUUCGUUCUGAUUAAUCGUCCCAGAACCUACUCAUGUGUCAAACAGAAUAGGCUACUAAGGCGUGUAAGCAAAACAUAUGUUGGCCAUCCAACUUGACGAUAGUUCAUAGCUUUAUGAAUUAAAUUGUCACAUUUAUUUGGUAACUGAUGCCAAAUCAAUGUCACUAUUGAAAACCUUCGGAUCCAUGGAUGGAUCCAAUAAAGUUUACUGAUUACAAAACUGAACAGAAGA